AUGCUCGCAAAACACCUCAUCACCCCCUCACUUCGUUUCCCUGGUCCAUUUCGCCUGCCCCUCCCCCACAGCUACGGCAGCUACCGUGCAAGCUUCCUCCACCUUGAUAGACCCUGGCUAAACUUUGUCCUUCUCUCUUCAGCCGGCAUCCCAGCCAAAAGCAAGGUAGAUCCCAAGGACGUACCACCUCCUACGCCUGUUACUCUUCCUCGUUUCCAGCCUUUCGCUCAUCAAGAUGAUCCCGUCGAUGAUGCCACUGCGCUUUCAACUCUCCUCCGAAACACGGGACGAUCAACUGCUGCCCUCGGUCCUCUCGGUUUCUCUGCCAUUGGCCUCAACCUGAACCUCGAUGCCAAGCCUGCUGACCUGGUUCCUGAUCCAUCGUACAUUCCUAACUUCGACGAGUGGGACAAGUUGACGCCAGAUGAAGCCCAGGAGAAGAAUCAAUCUACCCGAAAGUCUUUGAGAAACGGUGGCCUCUCUCCUGGUUGCCAUGUUUAUCUAGAACGUAAGAAAGAGCUGUCCAAUGUCAACGAAGACGCUUUUCGGACUGUCAGAAGGCUUCCGGCACCCAAAGGAAAGACACAAGCUCGGCUAGGGAAUGCUUAUGAGUUUUUCCGUUGCCUUGAGGCAUUCACUUCCUUCUGGGACGACCCUACGCAGCCAACAUCUCUCCCUCCAUCGCCCGAGGUCUCAGCUGAAGCUACAUCAUCCGAUGGAACUGUGAACACUGAGGGUACAAAGCCUGCGAGUCCCAAGCCGGAUGAUAGCUCCAGCUUUUUCAGAACCAGUGCCGGUUCCUCGAUGCCGCUUGAAUAUCGCAACAAUCUCAUGACAGCUUUUAUCAAACUCGUUGCUUACGAUUUUGGAUGUAACGUCUCGCCUAGCCGAACUGAACCUCGACUUCAUUUCAGCUCACCACAAGGAUCUGGAUCUCGCAAAUCCUUCUGUCCCUCUGGCUGUCUUUUUGUAUUCCAGAGCCCGACAACCCGCGAAGCCGCCCGGGCAGGCGUGGUUCAUGGGCCUGUAGCUGCUGUCAGUGCGAGAGGAACAACUGACUUCACUCAGCCAGACCCAGAGACUGCGCAAUCACUCGACCUUGCUCGAGAAACCGUAGCGGCUCUCAUCACGGCGCAGCAUCGUGCACGUGAAGGAAAGACGGAGAAGCGCUUCGGUGAGGGAGAAUGGUGGACAACCAAGAAGCGCUGGGGAGGUGGCCCUGGAGGUCCCAUCGGACGUGAAAUCGAGAAGGAUACAGUACAGGGCGACAAAGACGCGAAACCAAGUGACGAGAACGGCUUACCAAUGCCACUCGCCAAGAAACCCCGUAAAAACAUGAGUAUCUACGACAACUAUCGCAUGAUCCGACCCCCCUCAGCACAUUGGGAUAAAAAGGCUCAGUAUGAAGCCAUAGGAAGAGUCAAGGGAGCUGACUACGACGAUAUCUUUGUAGUGAGCUCUCUGUUUCACCAUGUCUCAAUCCUCCGUGUCAGGGUGCCAAACAGACUGCUUGAAGUUCUGGAAGGGGCGGGCGAGCCAGAAGCAGGCAAGCGUAGCUGGGGUAAAGUUGAUGCGUGGAGGAGCCCCUGGUAUGAUCUAUUUGAUACGACGCAACGUAUAGCUGCUAUGAAGCUAGUAUGGGGCAUGAUGGCUUAUCAGAUGAGAAAGGAGGAUGGUAGUGAUGGGGAUGUCAAUAUGACCAACACCUGA